CUUCACAGUGACGGCAGGAAUGGCGGCUAUGAUUACUAGAGGAAGGAGCCCCAAGACCCUGAAACUUUACUUCUAACGGCCCAGUGGAAGAGUCUGCCUCGGGCAAGGAUCAGAAACAGCAUCCUGCCGAAGAUCCAGGGGAGAGGAAGUCCUGUACUCCGAGACCAACGCGGCUCAUGUCCGGAUCGAGGAGGUGGACGCACUUUGCUAGUUUAGCCCGCUGUUCGUGCUGCUGACUUUGAUUCAAGGUAGCCGUGUUAGCGGCUGGCCACUUUGGCUUGGCUGCCCAACAAGUUAACCAACAGUGUGAAAGCUAUCAAUAGCUGGGGAACCGUGCUGGGGUCUGCGUUGUUUUACGGCGUUAGGGACGCUGAGGGUGAACGGGGAGCACAGUUUAACUGCUAACCUCACCGUUAGCCCAGUCAGGAUCCUGAAGUCUCAUCCGUUUUUGGAUCCUGCCCCAGCCAUUGGCUAAGGGGGCUAAUCAACCAGCUAGUCCGCUUUCCAGCCUCUCUAGUCACAACCAUGGAAAGUCUAACGCUGAGUGAUGUCGAGCAGAAAUACUACUCGGACUUGUUCAUCUACUGCGACACAGACAACACCAAAAAAGUGGCUUCUAAUGGGAGAGUUCUUGACCUUUUCCGGGCGGCCCAGCUACCCAGUGAAGUUGUCCUCCAGAUCACAGAGUUAUGCGGAGCCACUCGGCUGGGUCACUUCGGACGAAGUCAGUUCUACAUCGCAUUGAAGCUCAUCGCCAUCGCCCAGUCUGGGCUACCCCUGAGGGUGGAAAGCCUUAAUUCGGUCAAAGAUCUUCCGCUGCCCCGGUUCGUGGUGGGAAAGAACGAAGCAGAAGCGAGACACGCAGCCCUGUACCAGGAUGCAGACAGCCAGGGCUUAUACCCAGCCGCUGGAACGGCUUUAAUACCCCGACCACCUGGCAGGGGUCACCAGAACAAGAAAGCCCCCCCCUCCUCCACUUCGCUUCCAGCCCAUGAGGUCAUCCAGCCCCUGGCACCCAGCAUAGAAACUCAGCCUGAAACCACGUCCCCGGUCAUCUCACCCCACCAGUCUCCCCCCACCUCCCCUCACUCCUGGAGGAAGCACAAACGGCAACACAGUGGAGGGAACACAGACAGGCAGCAAGUGGUGGCUGCGAGCGGAGCUGUGUGGACGCAGUUCAGAGAGCCGCAAACAGGGCCUGGAACAGGUGAUGGCAUGUGGUCGUCCCACUCGCCCCCUCCUCUUCCAAGCCAAGAAAGCUGGGUCAGUUUUACAGCAGACACCCCGCCCUCCAGCACGCUUCCAGCAAUGCACCCGUCAUCAGUCCAGGAAAGCACAACGAUACGAACCGUCGCCUCGGCCACGACGACCAAUGAGAUCCAGCGACAGUCCAGCAGCUACGACGAUCCCUGGAAAAUCACAGACGAGCAAAGACAGUAUUACAUUAACCAGUUCAAAACCAUUCAGCCUGACCUCACUGGCUUAAUACCAGGUUCAGCUGCGAAAGAAUUCUUUACUAAGUCAAAGCUACCUAUUUUAGAGUUGUCCCAUAUUUGGGAGCUGUCGGACUUUGAUAAAGACGGAGCGUUGACCCUGGACGAGUUUUGUGCCGCCUUUCAUUUGGUGGUGGCCAGAAAAAACGGCUAUGAUCUUCCAGAGAAGCUGCCGGAGAGCCUCAUGCCGAAGCUGAUCGACCUUGAUGAUUCAGCAGAGGUUCCCGAGCCGGCGGCUGAAGUUGUGUACUCUGCUUCCCCAGUGGAGGUCACCCCCAACAAAUCUCCCUCUAUGCCUUCCCUCAACCAAGCGUGGCCAGAGAUGAACCAGAGCAACGAGCAGUGGGAGACGUUUAGCGAGCGCUCCUCCAGCUCACAAACUCUGACCCAAUUUGACUCUAACAUUGCACCAGCUGACCCUGACACAGCCAUCGUCCACCCGGUCCCCAUCCGGAUGACUCCCAGUAAGAUUCACAUGCAGGAGAUGGAGCUCAAGAGGACUGGCAGCGAUCACAAUCAUCCUACUAGUCCUCUACUGGCAAAACCUCCAGAACUGUCUGAAGAAACCAAGCUGCCCCCUACCAUGAAAUUUGUAGCUGCCAACACCGUUGGUGAUGGAUAUAGCAGUUCUGACUCAUCUAAUUCAGACCAGGAGCCAGUGACAAGGCAAAGGUCUCAGUCAGGUGCGUCUCCAGAGGCUCUAAAGGUUGUAGCCCCACCUCCUCCCCCUCCCCGCCCCCAACAGUCCCACUCUCGCUCCUCAUCUUUGGACAUGAAUCGCACCUUUGCUGCCCCAUCUGCGCCAGGACAGCCUCAGCCCUCUACGAUAGCUUUCCCCCCUGCAGUGCCACCUCGACCGCUGCCCACACAGACAUCGGUACCACUCACUGGGCAUCGGGUAGAAUCAGAGGGUGUUCCUGCGGGUGGCACUGUGCUCACCGCCACAACCUCCCCGCAGCAGAUUCCUCAACAGCCAAACUUUGCAGACUUCAGCCAGUUUCAGGCCUUCGCUGCCUCUGAGCAGCCGUCCAGCCUGCCGGAAAUCGACAAACACAGUGAGGCAGGACAGGUGGAGAAGAUAUCAGAGGGAGCUGGCCCUUUAAGAGCAGUAAAAAGUGACGGUCCAGCAGAUGAGAGAACAACAGCUACAGUCAACUCCGCCAAGUGCUCGUCAGGCCCUCUGGCUCCUCCACCAAAGCCCGUUCGUCGGAGGUUGAAGUCUGAAGACGAGCUUCGACCAGAAGAUGAGCAACUCGGCCCACAGAAAGCCGGCGCCAUCGCUGCUCCUCUCACUGCUCAGCCCUCCAUCCCCAGAUCGAUUGGAAAAGACAAAAAGGCAAUUCAAGCUUCCAUCAGAAGAAACAAGGAGACAAACACAGUAUUGGCACGACUCAACAGUGAACUACAGCAACAACUGAAGGACCUGCUGGAGGAGAGGAUAUCUCUGGAAGUCCAGCUAGAACAGCUCCGACCUUUCUCCCACCUUUAACCAAACAACAUGGAGCAGAACUCUGCUGUAACUAAGAGGAAGUCCGUGGACGUCGCUGUGACUCUCCCUUCCUCCGCUUCUCCUGCCCUCCAUCGUUGUUUCUCUGGUGGGGCCGUGGAUGCCACCGGCCGUUUAGUUAAAUUAAACUCUCGCUCUCAGUUGCACAGUGGACGGCCAUGACCACACAGUCUUACCCUCAGAGAAGAGUGGAGCAGAUUUCAACCAUCCGGCACUUUUAAGAUCCUUUUUUUUUUUUUUUUUUUUUAACAAAGAGGUGAAACUGAUAACGACAGAGAAGCAUCCGACUUUAGGUCCAUUGUGAAGAUGAAACACGAGGUGUCUGAGUGCUUCAGACUCUUUGAGUGACAGAAGAAGGAGGGAGAGUGUGAUCAUAGUGUUUGUGUGACUGUUUUUUGUUCUAAUUGCUGUUCAUUGUACGUCUGGCUCUGUCACAUCAAGCUUCUGAGGAAAACCGGGGUAAUUUAAGGAGAGAGAAACACUUUGUUUACUUUGUGAGGGAAACGCAUACAGAAAUAGUUUAUUAGAUUAAAUCAAAGUCUUUUGUGACUCAGUAAAACCUUAUUCAGCUACACUUUUAUCCCAAAGGAGUACAUAACAUACAACUUUGCAAAGACUUAGGCGGGACAGUAAAGAUUCAAACCACAGCAGCAGACAGUGGCUCUUGGAAGAGAGAGUUCAGAAGUUUUAAAGGAAGUUAUAAGUUGAUAUCUCACCAUCAGUAGGUAACGCUCAUGUUGUCUCGAUUUAGUAUGAAUUCAGAUAAUCUAAUCUCGUACCUGAAGCAGUCAGCCAGUCUGUAUUAGGCUUUCAGGAAACAAUCCUACUCUGAAAAAUCAGUUCUGCAGAUGCUGUUCUGUUUCCUUUAACGCUGUCAGGGUUACAUUUGGUGGCGAUUUACACAGAAGCUGGAUUUAUGGGCUAAAAAAGUUUGGAGUUGGUGCACCACACCAGCGAUGAUCUUCCUGAAUGAAACGCACUAAAAAUGCAACCUGAAAAGCUUUUCCAAACGAAGUAAAUGGGUUAAAGAAAAGCUGAUUAUGAUUGUCGUCUAUCAGUUUUAUUGAUGUUUACUUGAACUUUUUUAACAGGUGUUUCACACAGAAAGGUUGACGCUGAUCUGCAUCCAACCUCCAUUCCCCAUGUAAUCAAUGAUUGGUUUCUUUUUAAAUGACCGAAAAUGUAAAGGUACUCAAAAUACUUUAUGAAUAUAUGACCAUGACAGUGGAAAUGUUUUAAAACCGUAGAUACCUUUGGUGCUAACGGUUGGCUUUAGCUGCAAUUAAUUUGAAUUUUCGCACUGGAUAAAGACUAAUAAUAUAUUUAUCUGCAGAAGGUGAGAUUUAAAAAAACUUUUAAUGUUUUAACUGAACUUCACUUGAAAAACUUCUGAGCUAUUCUGUUUAACACUUCCGCUGUAGUUUUAGGCAGAAUUGGAGGGAAAAAACCUGCAGUUAUUCGCAUAAAUAAAGAGAACUGUUCUUUUUUUAUUUUUAAAUAUCUUCCAGCCACAAUAAAGACUGAAAAUUGGACUACUUGCAGGUUGUUAUUGUAUCGCCUCAUUAAUUUGAAAAGUAGGCGUAACCGGCUCUUUGUUCUUAAAAGAACCCAACACAAGCAGGUUUCCCACAGUGGUAAGUUCAUUAGAUGUGUUUUUAAAAAGUAGUGAGAGGCUUUGUUGACAUUCUUUCAUUAGAACUCAGUCUUGGUACUUCCUGUAUGACUCUACAUAUAUAGAUCUAUGUUUGAAAGUGCUGUUUGUCCCUUCACGUUAUAAGGACUGAAUGGUUUGACUUCAUCCAAAAAGACUGAAGUGUUGCUCCUUCAUUUCUACAUGUGCUGCAUUCAAAGACAAAAGCAACCUUUUUUCCCUCCUUUUUUCAUAAUAUUUCCAGUUCUAUCUGGGCUUCACAUUUCAACUUUCUUUAUUUUUUCUGCAGGCUACAAUCUGUAUUCAUUCACCUUUUUUUUUUGUUGUUGAAGUCAUAAAUAGCAAAAGCAGAAGUUCGAUUUGAAGGCUUUGGCGGCAGAAAGCUGCUGCAUUUAUGAAGAAAUAAGUUUGGGGAGAAUUUUCCUCUAUCUCCACUGCCAACAGGUGUGCACAGAUCUGAUGGUGCAGGGAAAGAGUGCAUGGGGGAGAAAAAAAAAUGCUGUUUUCCAAUCAGGCAAAGCUGUGCUAUGCAAGUAUGUGCGAUAUACCCUCACUGAGCGGUUUUAAUUUACUGUACGUUCUCUUGAUCGUAGCAGCUGUGUGAACAGUGUAUCCGGUUUUGUGUCCGAUCUUCCAGAAACCAUCUGCAGUAUGUUUGUGAUAUUGGCCUUUAUUCUUCUGGUACUGAUAAACAGUUUGCUUUCCCACUGUAUUUCUCAGCUCCAGAGGAGGAAAAAAAAAAAUCUCCAACUCAGUGUUUUGUUUUUUUACGACCCUUUCUGGGUGGAGAUGAAGCCCAACAGGAGACCAGUCAUCAAAAUGGGAGACCUGAAUGACCCAACUGCACUUUGACUGAAUCCACUUGUUGGUUCCUGUCUGCUUUACUUCUUUUAUCUGCUUGUUUUGUCUUGUCUUUGACACAUAUUUAAAAGAAAAAAAAGCAACCAAGUUGAGUCUCAUUUCUUCAACACUACCUGGAAACGGUCAAAUCAUUUGUCAGCGUCUUAUUUCAUAUUUCAGCUUCUGAAUGUUUUGUCUGUUAGUGAAGCACCCGUCUUCUAAAGCCUUACUCUUCCUGAUUGGUGUUCAGGUUUCCGUAGCAACUGACUGAUCUCUACCUUUUUUCCUCCUGCUGUUGUGGGUGAUGGUUUACUCUUCAUGUGUGUGUGUGCGAUAUUGUUUGGAAACUGGAUUAAACACCUUCCAGGAAUAUUUUCAUGUCUGCUCGCUCAGCUGUUCCCUCUUACUCCCUAAUGCCCCCCAAAACAAAAAAAAGCAAUUCAGACAGGCAAAAGCAAUCCAUCUCCAUGUGAACUUUUGAAUGCCAUUUUCUCCCAGCUCUGCGUUCUAUGUUGUACAUGAUAUACACUUUUGGACUCAUGUAAAUUUGCAUUAAUUGCUGACUAACAGCUGAAGAAUAUUCUAUUUAAUUCCUUCCUCUCUUGGCUGUGGGAUCCUAGAUGUUUAACUGCAUGGAUGUACUGUAUCUCUGCAGAGUUAACUAGCAGCUGUGUGAUUUUUACACAAAAAUAAAGAAAAAAA